AUGAAUAAUUCACUUUUAUUACAGUCAAAUACAGCAUUUAACCCACCAGAAAUACUUACAUCAAAAGGUGUUUUCAGUAGUUCAGACUCUUGGAGUAUAAGUUGUAUUCUAAGCUACUGUUUAACAGGAAAAAUUCCAUUCCAAAAGGAAAAUGCUGAAGAAACUGUGCAAUCAAUCCUCAACGACCAAUUCGAUAUCGAUGAUGACAUUUCCGAUCAUGCAAAGAACUUCAUCUACUGCGGUCUGAUUAAAAAUCCUCUGAUGAGAACACAGUUUAAGGCAAUCAUGUCCACAAAAUUCAUGGAGGGUAUUCCUCUAGAAAUGAUGGCAACAAAGAAAUCCGCGGCAACACAGUCAUAUUCGCCAAAAACUUUCCCAUCAACAAUCGGGAAGAAGCAGCUUAUUAGAAUUUCUUAUAAGAGUUUCAUUCCUGAAGUGAAAAAGUCGUACAGGACUAGAUCUGGUACAACUUUUUGGUAA